AGCUCUCCCUCCCUUUUCACAUGAUCUAUUGAUCUCACUCUCACACACAUUGAGCUCUCCCUGCAAGCUCUUGUUGUCCUCCUACCCGGAUUUUCACUCUCGCAUUUAUAGAUUCGCAUGGCCACAGCAGCGAGAUGGCUUCUUCCCCAGUCCAAACACAAGCCUCUCAUCCCUGCUCUUGUUCUCCUCGUCUUCGCCUCCCAGAGCUUGUGCUGCUACUCCGCAGGUUCCAGUGAGCAAGAACGUGAUAGGGUGGCAUUCCUCCCCGGCCAGCCAAGGAGCCCGCAGGUAUCUCACUUCUCCGGCCACGUCACCGUGAACGAGAAGAACGGGAGGGCGCUCUUCUACUGGUUCUUUGAGGCUCAGGAACAGCCCGCGCAUAAGCCUCUCCUGCUCUGGCUCAAUGGAGGACCAGGUUGCUCAUCAGUUGGAUAUGGAGCUGCCUCUGAGCUAGGACCUCUCAGGGUUAGCACAUUCGCGGCAGGGCUUGAGUUCAACAAGUUUGCCUGGAACAAAGAGGCCAACUUGCUCUUCUUGGAGUCUCCUGUUGGGGUUGGCUUUUCCUACACAAACACGUCCUCUGACCUCACCAGCCUCAGUGACGAUUUUGUAGCCGAGGAUGCAUAUAAUUUCCUGGUUAACUGGUUCAAGAGGUUUCCGCAGUACAAGGACCGGGAAUUCUACAUCUCAGGAGAGAGCUAUGCAGGUCAUUAUGUGCCACAGCUAGCUGACCUUGUGUAUGAGAGGAACAAAGACAGAAAGGCCAACACAUACAUCAACUUUAAAGGGUUCAUUGUUGGCAAUCCAAUAACUGAUGAUUACUACGACUCGAAGGGGCUGGCUGAAUAUGCUUGGAGCCACGCAGUUGUAUCAGAUGAACUCUACGAUCAAAUAAAAAAGGUUUGCGACUUUAGAGCCUCAAACUGGACCGAUGAUUGCGACAAAGCCAUGAGCACCAUCUUCAGACAGUACCACGAGAUUGACAUCUACAACAUUUAUGCGCCCAAGUGCAACCUUGCGCAAACAUCAGUAUCAUCUAGUGCUGAUGAAGCACUCAAAUAUAGUGACCAUGAACCAUUCAGGAGGAGGAUUAGGAUGUUUUCGGGAUACGAUGAGUGCUACUCGUCGUAUGCUCAGAAGUACUUCAAUAAGGCAGAUGUCCAAAUAGCACUUCAUGCAAAUCUCAAUGGGAUGCAUCCUGGGAAAUGGCAAGUUUGCAGUGACUCCAUUCUGAGGUCGUACAACUUUUCGGUAGUUUCGGUUCUACCAAUCUACGCCAAGCUCAUCAAAGCAGGACUGAGAGUCUGGCUCUACAGUGGAGAUGCAGAUGGCAGGGUACCCGUGAUUGGGUCGCGGUAUUGCGUAGAAGCACUUGCCUUGCCUAUCAAGACACAGUGGCAACCAUGGUACCUCAACCAACAGGUUGCUGGAAGAUUUGUGGAGUACCAUGGCAUGACCAUGGUGACAAUCAGAGGGGCUGGCCACCUGGUACCCCUCAACAAGCCUGCAGAAGGGCUCACGCUGAUCGACACAUUCCUUCUCGGUAAACAGCUUCCAACACAUCGGUGACGGUUGAAAUUGGGGUUCAGGUGAAGGCUACUUAUGACCCAAAAAGGGAGUUAAAGGAGAGCUUAUGUGGGAAACUGAUACAUAAUUUCUUGAAAGAUGGAAUAUUCCGAAAUUUGGG